AUGAGGCACCUUUUCCAUCUGGCCUUCAACUGUCUUCGGAAUGAAACUUAUAACCAAUUACAUUUUCCAAACAUCUUAAGAGAUUUCUUUGUACCAUCAUUAUGGCAAAGACACCAAGUCGGAGAGGAGGCUAAGCGAAAUUCUCGUGUACCACAUUUAACGUUAAAUGGAACUGAUAUGGCAGUAACGGUAAUUGAUUUUCAACCCAAAAUCGAUUCUCGAACACAAA